CAUAAAGAAAGCUAUCGAUAGCCCACGAAUUUUGUGAAAUAAUUUUAUUGAUUCUAUUUUGGCGAAUUUGUCGGUUAAACAGCCAACAAACACGUGUUUCGCAACGCUGCACGUGCGUUGAGUGGCUGCAGCUGUCCGCCAGGCCAGGAAACCCGGUGCGCGGCGCCCCUGGAGUCGCUGGAGCCCAGUUUCUGGGUGCACCCCCCGUUUUUUGGAGUUGAGAGAGGGAGAUUUUCCCAGCGCAAGUUUUUCGAGAUUCCCGAAAUGGUGGACGCCGCCAGGCAAAUGCUCGACGAGCUGAUGGGCAGGAACCGCAACCUGCAUCCCUCGGAGGCGGGCGCCAAGGUCAACUGGGAGGAUCCCGAGUUCUGCCAGUUCUACAACGUCAAGUUCUGCCCGCACGAUCUGUUCAUCAAUACCCGCGCGGAUCUGGGUCCCUGUGCCCGCAUCCACGACGAGGAGGCCCGCCAUCUCUACGAGGAGGCCCGUCCCUCGCAGCGCAAGCGGCAGUACGAGGACGAGUUCCUGCGCUUCUGCAAUGUCAUGCUGCACGACGUCGACAGGAAGAUCCAGAAGGGCAAGCAGCGCCUGCUGCUCAUGCAGCGGGAUCAGCCGAAUGCCCCGGCUCCGCUCAGCCGGCACCAGGAGCAGCUGGCCAACCUGAACGCGAGGAUCAGCAAGCUGCUCUCCGAGGCCGAGGAGGCGGGCAUUCGGGGCGACGUCGACCAGGCCCAGGAUCUGAUGACCCUCUGCGAGGAGCUGAAGGAGGAGAAGGAGCAGCUGGUGCAGCAGCACGAGGCCAAUAACAAGGCCAUCAGUGGGAUUAGUUUGAACAAGCCGGAGGAGCAACUGCCCAGCAGUCCGGGGGCCUCGAGUCCCAGCGAGGAGCCGCUAGCCACCCCACUUCCUGCCACCCCCGCCAGUGACGAGCCUCCGGAGGCUGCUCCCAGUUCUGCAGGAGAAGCCACUCCGGCGGAAGCGGGCGAGGGCGAGGCAACCGCUACAACCGCUGCAACCGAGGAUAAAGCAGACAAAAGCGAGAACAAAACGGCUGGCUGGUCGCACGACUCGCUGCCCGAGAAACAGAUGAAGGUGUGCGAGAUCUGCGGCGCCUUUCUGAUCGUCGGCGAUGCCCAGCAGCGGAUCGAGGACCAUUUGAUGGGCAAACAGCACUUGGGCUACUCCAAGCUGCGCAACGCCGUCGCCGAGAUCAACGAUGCGCGGCAGAAGGAGCGCGAGCAGGAGGAUCGACGGCGGCGCGAGGGUCGCGUUCAGCGCUUCCACUCCUACGACAACCGACGGGAGCCGCGCAACGAGUACCGAGAGCGAAGUCGCGACUACGUCCAGAAUCGCCAGCCCUCGGAUCGGCGUCACCAUCACCACAAGUCGCACCACAGCUCCCAUCACUCGUACUCGCGGAGUGGCGGCGGCGGAGGAGGUGGAGGCGGCGGUGGCAACCGAAGCAACCGGAGCCACCACAAUCACAAUCAUAAUCACUACCGCCACGACAGCCGCGAGCGACAUUGCCGCAGCCGGAGUCGCAGCCGCUACUAGAGACCAAAAAUAUAUGAAAACCAAGUGAAAAGCAAGCACCACAUAAGCAGAAAGUCAGGAGCAGUUCCCAAAGCCCCGCAAAAUAUAUAUACAUAUAUACGAUCAAGAUCUUCAGUAAGCAGCUGCUGCCUGGGCAAGAAACGGCAGCAUCGAGGUACCCCCCAAAAAAAAAAACAAAAAAUCAUUAACACAAUUUCCAAAAUAAUAUGUAUCAAAAAAAAACAGUUUAAAAGAAACAGUUUCCGAGCUGGCAGAUCGAGUGCGCUGAGGAGCCGCCAACUGAAGAACGGAACCCGAAAAUAUAUAGAAAUGAAUGAGAGGGAUAUAUAUAAAUGGAAAAAGAGAGAGAGAGAGAUAUAUAUAUAGAGAAAGAAGAACCAACCAGGUAACUUCUAUGCCACACCUCCCCACAUAAAUGUUUCUUCACGACAGACAAGGCGAAAUCCACUAUCCGAUAACCAGAAAUCCAGAAAUCAUCGAUCAUCAGCAACCAGCAAUCAGCUAUCGGCGAUCAACGAACGAUCAGUGAUCAGUGAUCAGAGAAUGAGAGAGAGAAGAGUGAAAGAGAAGGCAGAGAGAGACACUCGUGUAGAACUGUAUUAGGCAUGAUACAAUACAGACGAGGUGAAUUUCCAUUUCUCUCAUCUACUUAUAACUAUAUACUAUAUAACUCCAAUAUCCAUUACCCAUCCUUCGAUCAGUCUUGAUAUCGUAAUCGAGCGAACACGCGCGGGUUGUCAGUUAAUCAGUUAAUAAUAUUUAACCCUUCGAACCGUACAUAUAUACGAAUGUAUGGGCCGCUUUAGUUUUGUGUCCUCGCAGGAUCAGCUCCCUUUAUCCUCCCUGCCUGCGAGGACUUCAUAUGCCCCCUUAGUAACCCCUAGUUCCUAUCCACUAAUCCCCAUCACCCCCUAUUUUGUUUACUACGAUCACCUAGCAAAUUAAUCAAUUGAAUUGAACUCCCAUCGGGCAAGCAAAAGUUAAAAAAAAAAAACGUUUACGAAUGCAGAAUUAAGUAUAGUGUAACCAGUCAAUAAAAUUUGAUCGAUCGCCUGUAGUCAUGUAAAGAUGUUUUUAAUUAUGAAUUACGAUAUGAGUAAGGAUACAACAUUCUAUUGAGAGACUCGCAAUAAUUUUCUAAUAAAGAUCAAAGUAAAUUCCGAAAA